AUGGCAACGACAGCAGAAUCGACCGUCAGCGCCAAGGAGGCCACAGCUGCCUUUUUCGUGUCCUUCAAGGAGAAAACCCAGGAUGUCCUCGAUGAGUUUGCCAGGAUCGACUCGCUCCCCCAGGCAGAAGGCCUUGCCCUCGUCAAUGAUCUCAUUCGCAGCGUUGCCGAGCUCGACAAGACCACCACGAGUGCCGCCAUCUUCUUGCCGCUCUAUGACCAGCGCCAGUACAGCCAGCAACUGAAGGAUCUAUCGGCCCAGCUGAAAGAGAAGCGAGAUGCUCUGGCGCCGCGAGCCAAAUUUUCGUUCAAGGGCCGGAAUGCAGCGCGGACUGCUUCCUCCAAGACAGCCGCCCGGCCCGAGGCAAGCACCACUUCCACUGACGCAGCUGCCGGACCAGCCAAGGCGGGUCCGCCUGUGGUCCCGCCCAAUGCCGUGUCGUUCUACGGCCUGCAAGGCCAGUACAUUGCGUCGCCGCCAUCGGAUGCUAGCGAGGCUGGCGCCGUUCGGGAUGUCUACUUGAUAUCGCUUGCCGACUGCGUCGUGAACCUGGCCGACUGGCAAAUGUCCGUCGGAGCGGUUCACAUCCGCGACCUCACGAGGUGCGUCGUCCUGGUCAGCCCGGUGUCUGGAUCGAUCCUGCUGGACUCGUGCAUCGACUGCGUCUUGAUUCUGGCAUGCAGACAGUAUCGCAUGCAUCAGUCCCACAACACUCGGAUCCACCUGUAUGUCGGAAGCAAGCCCAUUAUUGAAGACUGCGACGGACUGGAGUUCAACGACUACCCCGUGUUUACAGGAUCGCUGGGGCGGCUGGAGACAAGCGGACUCUCGGCCUUGGGCAACCAUUUCUCCGAGGUCGAGGAUUUCAACUGGCUCAAGCAGCAUCAAUCGCCCAACUGGCGCGUCGGUACCCCGGACAACAACACAGCGCUCCAGAUCGUCGAGCUCUUGCGCGAGGGGCGCUGGGUGGAAGCAAAGACGGCCGCCCAGCUUCCUCUGGUCAAGCCUACGAGUCUGUAA